CAGAAGUCGACAUGUAGCCCUUUCACAGGAAUAUUCUGAGCCAUGGACACGCAGAGGCCUUUCCUCGAGCCGACCAUGUUUAACUUCGUCAGCGAUAUGGAUUGCGAAGUGCCUCCGGGUUCCGUCUUUGAAGAUGCGGAAGGCCUGGACACUUACCACAUGGACUACGACGGAGCACGCGAGGACCUCACCUCCGCCAUUAACGGGUUUGACUGCACAGGUGCGCGCGCAGGUGAGAGCGGCGCCCGGAGGGCGCCGAAGCGGAAGCGCGUGAUCACGGGCGUGCAGCGGCGAGCCGCCAACAUCCGCGAGCGCAGGAGGAUGUUUAGCCUCAACGAGGCUUUCGAUGAACUCCGGAGGAAAGUGCCGACCUUCGCCUACGAGAAGAGGCUGUCGAGGAUCGAAACGCUGCGCCUGGCCAUCGUGUACAUCUCCUUCAUGACGGAAUUAUUGGAAAAAUGA